AUGAUGGCAUCUUCAAAGUUUGUUUUCUGUCUGAUAUGUUUGUUCGUGAGGAAAAUGGCUCAGAUGACAGAUCUGAAACUGUCCUUGUCUAUUCAUCAAAAGACACGUUUUGUAUCAGCUGAUAUCGGAGAAAAUGUGACUCUGCAAUGUUUCUAUAAAGGUUUUAAUUCAGCAUGGCUUUACUGGUAUAAGCAAACUCUGGGACAGAAACCAAGGCUCAUGUCUACCUUCUAUGUGUCUCAUACAAAAGCCACUUUUUAUCAUGAAUUCAACAAUCCACGCUUCACACUGGAUACUAAAAACAGUACAAAUCACUUGACAAUAUUUGAUUUGGAUAUUUCAGACUCAGCUACUUACUACUGCGGAGCUAGCUAUGCAUAUAUAUAUGUCUUUACUUUUGCAGAGGGCACUACUGUCAGUGUAAAGGGUUCAGGUUUUAACAUACCAGCUUCGGUCCAUCAGUCAGCAUCUGAGCCCAUCCAGCCAGGAGGCUCUGUGACUCUGAACUGUACAGUACACACUGGGACCUGUGAUGGAGAACACAGUGUUUACUGGUUCAAAAAAUAUGAAGAAUCUCAUCUAGGACUCAUUUACACCCAUGGAGGCAGGAACGAUCAGUGUGAGAGGAAUUCCAGCACACAAACACACACCUGUGUCUACAAUUUGCCACUGGAGAGCCUGAAUCCUUCUCAUGCUGGGACCUACUACUGUGCUGUUGCCUCAUGUGGACACAUACUGUUUGGAAACGGGACCAAACUGGACUUUGAAGAUCAGGUGGAUUCUCUUGUCUUGGUGUAUUUCUUGAGUGGAGCUUUGACAUUCACUACCAUCCUGAUUGUUCUACUGGUUAUCUUAGUGUACAAGAUAAUUAAGAAAAACAACUGCCAAUGUACAGAGUCUCAAGCAAGAUUAGCGGCUCCUUCCACAACAACUGCUGCAGAGGGUUACCGAGAUGCAGACAGCCUCCAUUAUGCUGCUUUAAAUGUUAACCUGCCCAACAGAUCAAGAAGACAGAGGAACAACACCAACAGUGAAUGUGUGUACUCCAGUGUGAGGCAGAUGAACUGAACAUGUUACAUAUCUACUUUUCAAUAAAAUUGAUUUCGUGGUAUUUCAAGUGUAGACCUAAUGCAGAUUUAGAUGUAUAUUCUGUGUGUAACAAAAAGAUGAGGCCCAGUACUUUCUUAUACAUAAUCGCCAUGCUGGCCCUCAUUUCAGCCUCUAUCUGAAACAAGCUGUAGAUGCUUCUGUCUCUUUAGCCCCACCCGACUGGCAAAGACCCUGCACUGUAAAGUCCUUCAAUGGCCCUGUCCAUACGACUUCAUUUUAAAAUGU